AUGGCGGCCCUUCGGAUUUUCGCACGCGGUAACCUCGUCGUCACGACGACGCUCUCAGUCUCUCAGAUUCAACAGAGAUGGGGUAGUUACAAAUCAUCUUCAAAAUAUAUGACACCUGAAGAUUACACAGAUUACGAGAUUACCAAAGAUGAAAACGAAUGGAAAUAUGUAGAGCGUUUACUUCCAUACAAAAUUAUACCUAAACCACCAACCAUCGGAAAUAAAUUCCCAUCUGGCUAUAAACCAGCAUCUGCUUCGCCCAAGGAUAAUCCCUACUUCAUAGAACGUACGAAAAAUUACAUGCAGCCCGUGUAUUUGUAUAGAAGUCCCAGAGGAAUUAAAAAAGUUACAGAAAUAACUAAAAUUCAAGGAAAUAUAUGGGCUUUGGAACAUGACAUAAAGAAAUACGUAGAAGAAUGCACGGGACGCAAAAUUGCUACGCAGAUACAUGAAUUCGCAGGUUUAAUUAAAGUUAAAGGUGACUAUGUUAAUCGUGUUAAAGAAUGGAUGCAUACUAAAGGUUUUUAAAAAUAAUUGGUUUCCGUAAUAAAUUAUACUUUGU